AUAGAAUCCAAAGCAGACUUCCUUCUUAUUACAUCUAACCUUCCCCACCGACGCGUCAGAGAAAGAAAGCGAGAGAGGGUUUCAUGGCCCACCGCUCGCCAAUGCUGGCUGUGACCGUAACCGCCCUCGCCCUGGCAGCAAUCUUCUCCGCCACCGCCCCCCGGGCCUCCGCCGCCGACUCCCCGUCGACCUACACCAACCACACCGUCGGCGGCGCCGCCGGCUGGCUCUUCAACUCCUCCUCCAACUCCUCCGCGACCGACUACUCCACCUGGGCCAAAUCCCAGAAAUUCUAUCUCGGCGAUUACCUCAUUUUUCACACGAAUGCGAACGCGACGGUUAUCCAGACCAAGAACGAGACGACGUACCGGGAAUGCAGCACCGACGAGGACAACGGCGACGACUACAUCGUCUACGCCCCCACCGCUAAUGGCCUCGGAGGGGCUGCGCCGGCGGUGGUGGCGGUGGCGCUGACGGAGGAAGGGGUGAGCUACUUCUUCUCGGACGCGGACGACGGGAUCCAGUGCUUCCAGGGGAUGGCGUUCCAGAUCUCGGUGGCGCACGGCCUGGGGCUGCCGCCUGCGCUCAGCCAGCCACCGCCGCCGCCGUACAAGGACCCGUCGCCACCGCCGAUGUCGUCGUCGUCGACGACGAUCCCGGGGAUCAGCGACCAGGGGGAGAGGUUCUACAAUGGGGCUUCGCCGGCGAAGGUGAUCGGUGGCGGGGUCUGGGGAGUCGCUUUUUGGUGGUUCUUUGUCGGUUUCUUGGUGUGAAAGGGGAUCGGUAUUCCUCGUUGACCUGAGCUGUCCUCCAUUUUUUUUUUUUGCACUUAAUUUAUAUUUAAAUUUAGUUUUUUAUUUUGUUCUGUUUCUUUUAGCUCUGGAUCCACAGACAGGAAUAAUAAUGAAGAGUUCGAGAUUAGUAGUGACGUUUUAAUAA